AUGGCCUUCGGUUGUGGUCGCGAGAACGGCUACCCUAUAAGCGUCAGUACCGCGUCAGGGAUCGUUGGCCUUGGGGCCGGCUCGACGUCCAUCAUAAACCAGCUAAAAAAGUCCAUAGGCGGCAAGUUCUCUUAUUGCUUGGCUUUGCGAGACUCUAAUGCCACUAGCAAGAUCAGCUUUGGCAACAGCGCUGUCGUGGCCGGGCCUAAAGUCGUCUCAACACCAUUACUAAGGAACUCGGAAGACACAUUCCACUACCUCAUACUGGAAGGACUCAGCGUUGGGAGAGAGAGGGUCUGCCGCGUGGAUGUGGGCUCCUCCAAUGAGGGAAACACCAUCAUCGACUCAGCGACGACACUGUCGUUCGUCCCUGAUGAGAUGUACAACAGGGUGGAGGCGGCAUUGAAGGACGCAGUCAAGGGAGAGCGCGUAGAGGAUCCGCAAAAGGAGUUCGGGUUGUGCUAUAAGAACGGGGUGGGUUCAGGUCACCACCACCUAUCACAGCUCAUUUCAAGAAUGCAGAUGUGGUUUUGGCACAAGAGAGCAUUUUUCUUCAGGUGGAGAAAGGGAUUGUUUGUUUCACACUGA